CCCUGUUACUUUUCCUCUCUUAUCUUUGUCUUUAAACGUUAUUUUCUGCUCCAUUCUUCAUCAUUUUACAAGCAAAUUAAAGCAAAAAAGAAAAGAAAACAGAAGUGCAAGGAGAGAGAAAAGAUGGGGAGAGGCAAGAUUGAGAUUAAGAGGAUUGAGAACUCAAGCAACAGGCAGGUUACUUAUUCAAAGAGAAGGAAUGGGAUUAUGAAGAAAGCUAAGGAGAUUACCGUGAUGUGUGAUGCUAAAGUUUCUCUUAUUAUCUUUGCUAGUUCUGGGAAGAUGCAUGAGUAUUGCAGCCCUUCCACUACAUUGAUUGAUAUUUUGGACCAAUAUCAGAAGACUUCAGGAAAGAAGUUGUGGGAUGCUAAACAUGAGAACCUCAGCAAUGAAAUAGAUAGAAUCAAGAAAGAGAAUGACAACAUGCAGAUUGAACUCAGGCAUUUGAAAGGGGAGGAUAUCACCUCUUUGCCUUACAAGGAGCUGAUGGCCAUUGAGGAUGCUCUUGAGCACGGCCUUACCUGUAUCCGUACCAAACAGAUGGACGUCCUUGAUGUGACAAGGAAAAACACGAAAUUCUUGGAGGAGGACAAUAAGCAGCUCAACUUCAUUGUGAAUCAACAGCAAAUAGCUUAUGAUAAUGCAAGAGAACAGAUGGAUGGUGGAUGCCAGCGAGCCCGGGAGUACAUCUCGCGGAUGCCUUUCGCCUUCCGUGUGCAGCCAAUACAGCCAAACCUACAAGAGAGGAUGUAAUAAGAUUGUGGCCUAGUUAGCUGAAGCCUGAAAUUCUUUCUAGCUUGCUUUCUGAUAAUAAAUAUACAUGUUACUUCCAGGGAUUGUGAUGAUCUUAAACUCGUGCAUUUACCUUAUGAACUUGUAAUAAUUGUUAACCCGUAUUACGAAUUACAAUAUCAACUAUGAACUUGAUUUGUGGACGAUUGCUAUAUCUACUUUUGAGUUUCUUUAUGAUCUAUAUAAAGA